AUGGAGGACCCGCGGCGCGACGCGGUGGCGGUGAUCGGCGCGCUGGUGACGCGACCGACGCUGCGGCGGCAGGCGGAGGUGAUUCGGCGGUGCUUCUCCCCGCGCGUGCGCUUCACCCACUUCCUCGUAGACGUCGCCAGUGGCGCCGCCGACCUCACCUGCAUCUACCAGAUGGCGCACGUGGUAUUGCAGUACCAGGGGGUGCGAGUGCACCGCGUGCUGUACGACCCUGUGGAGGACGCACUCACUCUCUACGUCACAGUCUUCACACGCCCGCUCUUCAAGCUCGGCUGCCUCGCCCACUUUGACCUCUGUGUGCUGCUCGAGCUUGAGGACAUCCCACUGGUAACGCCCACAUCCCAUCUUUCUGCGAACCCCCCCUCUCUGUUAGCCCCUCCCCCUGCAAGCCCCUCCCCCUGCAAGCCCCUCCCCCUGCAAGCCCCUCCCCCUGCAAGCCCCUCCCCCUGCAAGCCCCUCCCCCCUGCAAGCCCCUCCCCCUGCAAGCCCCUCCCCCUGCAAGCCCCUCCCCCUGCAAGCCCCUCCCCCUGCAAGCCCCUCCCCCUGCAAGCCCCUCCCCCUGCAAGCCCCUCCCCCUGCAAGCCCCUCCCCCUGCAAGCCCCUCCCCCUGCAAGCCCCUCCCCCCUGCAAGCCCCUCCCCCUGCAAGCCCCUCCCCCUGCAAGCCCCUCCCCCUGCAAGCCCCUCCCCCUGCAAGCCCCUCUCCAUGGGAGCUUCCGUUGCAAGAACGAGGUGACUGGCGACGAUCUUCUAUCCUGCUGCAAUGGCACGCUCUUUCACCCGUGUACCAUCCCUAUUAUCCCAUGGAAGACUAUCCCUUGCACGGCCUCACACCUCUUCCCCUACCUCCUACCAAGGAAGGCAGAACAUUGGAACCCUCUGCUGCCACACCAUCUGCCAUUCCUCCCACACCUGCCACUGCUGGCUCUGCCUCUGCAUCAGAGGCGGGGGGGAGCAGUCAGUUUGCUGGGGAGGAGGGGCGUGGGGCAGCAAGGACAGCAGCAGCACUGCCAGCAGCAGUGCGGCCGCUGAAGCGAGUGAAGUUUCAGAGAGACUUCUUCCAGCGCAACCCAGUCAUCUCGCACCUGCCGUUCAUUGGAGACCUCUACAACGCGCAUCUGCCCCGUCUGCUAGUGGGGGAGGCACAGGCGCGUCUCUUUAGGGGGUUGCGCUUCCUGCUCUCCCCGCUGCUGCCCAGGGAGGACGCCCGGGGGUUACUGGGCAGGUGGGAUGACGAGUGA